AUGGCAGCCUCAAGUAGAGGCAGCAGAGCCGUUCGCGGCAUCCUAUCAUCCUCCACGCUGUGCUCCAGAUGCGCAACCACAUACAGCCCUCGAGCAGCGAUAUCCUCCCGCUUCUACUCUGCAGCCACAACAACAACAACGACAACAGAAGCCUCUGCCGUUGCCGCCAGCACUCCUCCGCCGACGGCAGAAACCUCCCCCAAGACGCCGUACCCGUACGACAUCCGCUCCGGGCUCAUCCUGACGCGGCCGCCGCUCCUGACGCGGACGCUGCACCCGUUUGAGAACGCCUUCUUCUUCUACCAGAAGCGGCUGGAGGAGCGCCUCAACACGCCCUUCAUCACGAGCAUAUACUUCAAGCCCGACACGGCGGCGCAGCUCGACUGGAGCAUCAAGGUGCAGGAGCGCGGCGGCACCGUGGCCAAGGAGCUGGGCACGUACCACGGCAAGAGCUCGCGCGCGUGGGACGACGAGCUGCGCGUGGGCGACCCGCUGAGCGCGCGCGAGACGGUGCUCGAGAGCCUGCUCAAGGACGCCGCGCCCAGGGUCAGCGACGACGCCGAGGUCAUUGCGCCCGAGGACGUGGUGCCCGUCGAGAGGCCUGCCGAGAGGGUCUCGGAGGCGGACCGCAAGGGGGAUGUCAGGAGGCUGGAUAGGCAGAUGGAGAGGACGCUCUAUCUUGUCGUCAAGGGGGCUGAUGGGUGGGGGUUCCCGGCGGAUGUCUUGCAGGAUGAGAAUCUCCACGAGGCUGCAAAGAGAGUGCUCGACCAAGCCGCGGGCGUCAACAUGAACACAUGGCUCGUCGGCCGCGUCCCCGUCGCCCACCUCGUCCAGGAGCCCGUCUUUGGCGCCGACGGGACGGUCCAGAAGAGGGGCCGCAAGACCUUCUUCCUCAAGGGCCGCAUCAUGGCCGGCCAGGCGGACCUCAAGGGCAAUCCGUUUGGGUACACGGACUUUAAGUGGCUGACGCGGGAGGAGCUCGAGAAGGAGCUUGCGCCCGAGUACUUUAAGGGGGUGAGGAACAUGAUGGCUGACCGGUAA